CCAGCUUUUUGGAAUUUAUCGGUUGAACACCUUUGGCGGCAGAAGAGUUUAAGCUCCGGCGAAUCUCAUGCGGUGACUCGGAUUCUCCAUCCCCGAUUAUUUUCGCCUUGAUUAUUGUGGGAAGAUCGUGAAGAUGAAUAAUCCAUCAGCUGGAUCGUCCUCAAAGCAAAGAACUGGAGCAUCUCAACCCUCUGAAACUUCUUUUAAGCGCAAACGAGGGGUUUUUCAAAAAGAAUUGCAGCACAUGAUGUAUGGUUUUGGAGAUGACGCCAAUCCCCUUCCAGAAUCUGUAGCACUUAUGGAGGACAUAGUUGUGGAGUACAUAACUGAACUGGUGUAUAAAGCCCAGGAGAUUGGAUCCAAAAGGGGAAAACUAUCUGUAGAAGACUUUUUGUAUCUAAUGCGCAAGGACCCACGAAAACUGAACCGUUCUACGGAACUGUUGUCGAUGAACGAAGAGCUGAAACAGGCAAGGAGAGCUUUCGAGAUAGAUGAAGAUAAGCUGAAAAAGGCUUUUGAAGAAGAUGAGAAGGUGGAUCAGUAGAGUUUACAGCAGAAACCAAAGUAAUGAUAGGAAGAUAUUUGGGGGUCAUCUGUUGCUGCACGGACAAAGUUCAUGUCAAUAUGGUCAACCGACAGGACAGACAUUUGAAGCUACCUUUUUCUGCAGCCCAAAGGGUCCAUGGUAGACAGGGUAAAGCAAAGCAAUUAUCUUUAGCCCCAACCUACUUGUAAAGGUGGGGUCUUCCCUUCCCUUCCCUUCCCUUCCCUAUCCUACGCACUCCUUUUGGAAUUAAUGAAAUAAACACCUCUUUUCUUUUUAA